GCUAAAUAAGGUUUGCCUAGCAACAACUUCUGCUGCAAGGAAGAACGAUUCAGUGAUUAUCUUUAAGUUCUAGUUCAGGCUACUACAUAAAAACUCUAAAAAUGUCUGAUUUAGGCUCAGAUUAUGAUGAAGAAGAGCAAGGGCCAUAUUUAGGAGAAUAUGAAGGAGAAAGGAAUGCCAAGGAAGAGCGUCAUGGCAAAGGAAAAGCCACGCUGCCCAAUGGAGACAUGUACGAGGGCAUGUAUGAGCAUGGGAAACGCCAUGGAGGGGGUGUGUAUAAAUUCAAGAAUGGAGCCAGGUAUAUAGGAGACUACAAACAAAAUAAGAAGCAUGGAUCGGGGAAGUUCAUCUAUCCCGAUGGUUCGAUAUAUGAGGGGAGCUGGGUGGAUGAUCAGAGGCAUGGGUACGGCGUCUACACGUACCCCAAUGGUGACAUGUACGAAGGUGAGUGGCAGAGCCACCUGAGGCACGGCCAGGGCGUUUACACCUACAAAGACACUGGAUCCAAGUACGUAGGAUCGUGGAUCAGCGGGAAGAGGGAAGGGGCCGGUGAGCUCAUCCAUGCUAACCACAGAUACCAAGGCAUGUGGGUCGCUGAUCAGCCACAAGGCAAGGGCAAGUACGUCUUUGACAUCGGUUGCGAGCAGCACGGCCAGUACGUCCCCGUGGAGCAACCACUGGGUGGAGACCAGGAAGAGGAGGAAGCCCAGACCGUCACCGUACCCAAAUGGAGGGCGGGGCCUAUCCAGGCGGUCAGCCAGUACAACCCCGCCGAGGAAGCCAUCGCUGCCCAGCAGGCGGAGGAAGGGGAACAGGCAGAGGGAGAGGAAGGAGAAGGGGGUGACGGGGAAGGAGCUGGAGAGGGAGGGGAGCAGGCAGCAGAAGGGGGAGAAGGAGAGCAAGCGGCAGAAGGGGAUGGAGCCGCAGCGGCAGAAGGAGAAGGAGAUGCCGCUCCUGCUGCAGAGGGAGAUGGAGAGACACAGGAGCAGCAGGAGGAGCCAGCGGAGGGCGGGGAUGAGCAAGCGCCUGUAUCACCCGUUGCCGAGGAAACAGAAGAUGCUGAAUAGAAUCAUUCCUGCUAACAAGAUCUCCAUUAAACAUUUUAUGAACACUGUUUUUGAACCCUGGAACAUUGGCUCCGGAGAAUUAAUCCAGCGAGUGCAUCUCACCUUAAGUGAAAGUGGUUUGCCAUGGUAACCUGUCAUUAUAGCUGAUCACUGUUCCUUUUCUUGGAUCUCAAACCUGCUUGGAAAUGUGCCGUGCCGAACAGUUUUGUGUAUUUUUAUUACCUAUUGUCAUGAUCAUCAGCAAACAUGUUCAAUUUGUUUUACUGUUACUGAGUUAUAGCCCUCCCCCCCUCACUACAGCUAGUUCCCUUUUCUUCAAAAUUGUUUUUGUCUAUUAAUUUUCAAUUCCAUUCAUUUUUUUUACAGUCUCAACUCUCGAUUUAAAACAUCACAUAGAAAUAGAAAUUACUAAACAAAUUAGAAAUAUAGAUAGAUAAAUCCACACAAAUUAAUGAACAUAAAAAUUGAGAGUAUGAGGGAACUAGCAAAGACCUACCUAUCACAGGCUAUUCCCAAAAUGAUUACAGUUAAAUUAUUGAGUUUCUUGUAUUACAAAAAAGAAGAAAAGGAAUCCCCAAGCACCAAAAUAAUCUAAUAUUUAUAAGAACAUUGUAUUGGUAUCUAGAAAAAAAUUGUAUAAUUCAUAAUUUAUAGUGGGCAUAUAUUGUAUGUUCCUGUGUAUGUCAUUCCAACAUUUUGUUCCAGCAAAGAAGACAUUUCAACAAGAAAAUUCACAUUUGUAUAAUGGGAAUGUAAGUAUCUACUAGUCCUUGUAUCUUACAUAGAUCUCCCUAGGGGAGCGUUUCAUGAAAAGUGUUGUUGGAAAUUUUAUCUGACAAGUUAUGCUUUAUCUGACAGUUACCGUGCUACAUAGCCAAUCAAAACCAAAGAAAGUUGUCAGGGCCCCGUCUUACAUACAGUUGCAAUUGAUCAGAUCAACCAAAACUAUGGUAAGCCAGCCUCGCCAACAUCUAAAAUG